CAAGUACGCAAGAUGCCUAUGAAUAUCAGCAACCGCUUCAUGAUGCUGGAAUGUCUUCGGGAGAAUGCGGCCAACAGGCGUAUCGAGGAUCAGGCCCUGUUGGAUCGCAUCAGUGCUGCCCUAGUGAAAUCCCGCGAGAGUCUCCGGAAAAUACAGGAUAUGAACAAUCAGCUGAAGGUGAUAAAUAUUUCUGUUAAAAAUGCCCUGGCCUCGAUCCGUGACCCAGCGCCAGCCGAUGUGGCGUAUGUUGUCAAGGAUAUUUACAAUAUAUUGGUAGACAAUGUCGUUGCGUCUCUAUCCAAUCCAGUAUAUGCAUCCGUGGCUCAACGUCUGGAAUCUGAAACGAUCAUCCCAUUGGACUCUGCUCCAGCUCCAGAGGAAGUUCCCCAUCCAGACUCGGACCCUCAGCCUGUUGCAGAGCCUUCUGCUUCUCCUGAGCUUUCUUCUGAAUAGACGCUGCUACACCGUUGACGACAGACACGCUGACAAUUCUAUACACACCUACUAUGUUUUCAAAUUUGUGUUAUUUUU